CUUGAAUCGAUCAACUUCUGGCACAUUUUUAAGUGUUGACCUUGACUGGAACCCACAGUAUGUGAUGUUUCUUAGAUUGCUUUUUGGCUCAGUGAGGCUAAAACAUCUUUGGAUGUUAGUCUUAGCAUAUGUUAUCUCGUUUGUUGUGGUGGAUCACCACAGCUUCUCACUGAUACCAGUUUGGGCUUUACAUUUAAAGGCUAAUAGACAUGCUCCGAUUGAAUCGGAUGGGAAUUCUAACAGUUUGUUUAGCACAAUUAUCGAUUACUCAUCAUAUAAUUGGAGCAUAUACUUGUCAAUUGCUAUUCCUCAAUCAAAUGGUAGUUCUUCGUACGAUUUGGUAGUUUUCCAACUUCCUAUGUUAAAGUCUCUUGAGCUUUCUGUUAUGGAUCCUUAUCGUAAAAUAACCAAUUUUUUAAGUUUUCAAAAAAUCCGGUCAAACAGUUUUAAUCGGGAACCGAUCAGGCUGAAAUCCUUUUUUUAUAAGGAGAGUUUGAUUCAUGUGGUUGUAGAAUGUCGCAAAAUCAGCUCUCGAGUGAACUCUUAUGUUUUGUUUGAAAUUGCUGUGUAUGAUAGUCAGCUCAAUGAAAUGUGGAGGAGAGCUCUACACCAAAUUUUACUGGAUGAGGUUGAUGUAAACUUCAAAUCAGUCCCUAUCUCCUUAUCAUUUGAUUUAACAUGUGGUUUGGUUUAUCCUAGACUUUGUGGGGUGAUCUUUGUCGGUUUCCCGACAAACAAUAUCAGCGUAUCACAUUACUCUACCAUAUCCCUUUCAUUGGAAGAUGGGAAAAUACUUUGGCAUCAUCUGGUUGGUGAUUUUGAAGAUUCGAGAAAAGCCUAUGAAAGUGAUUUAGUUUUGAAGAACUGGAAAAUACGCAUUUCAAAACAAUAUCUGUUUAGUACACAUAUUGAUGAAUCCCCGUGGACUGAAUUUACUGAAAGUCUUUCUCAUAUUUUCCCUGUUCGUUGGUAUGGUGUGGGUAGUUGUGAAAUUCGCCUUGUAUAUGCAAAGAAACACUCAGAAUAUCUUGUAGAAAAUUCUCUGCGUACCCCAAAUGCAAUUGCUGUGAUACAUCCAUCAGGUCUAGAUCUUCUAGAUUUAAAAUCUGGUCAUCCGCUUAUGACUAUUACUUUGAAAUGGAAGAUCGGAUCAACAUAUACUAUUCUCUCUACUCCGGUAUCUGAUGGUCUGAUUAGUCGCCAGCUCGGAUCGCCUACAAUUUAUGAACUACGAAUUGCUUCAGAAAUUACGGAUUCUCCAUCAAAUGGUUUGAAAAUAAAAGUGCCUCCUAUUUCUGACCAUGUUAAUUCAUCUCUGGAGAGUGACUUUUCACAUACUGUUGACUGCCAGGGUAUAUUUAUCCGUCACGAAUCUGCACCUAAUAAUUGGGAAAUAGUGAAAUCAUUUCACUCAAACGAAAUGAUUGAAAUUCAUUCAUCCACUUAUCACGGUUUAUGUCGUCCUUUCAGAAUGUGGGAGUAUUCCAGACUAGGUAGAUCAAAUUGGCAAGAAGAUUCAAGAAAAUCAACUCCACCAGUCGUGGUGAAAAGACAUAUUCCAUUAUCAGGCUUAGCUAGAUUAUGGUAUUCGUUGAUGCAUGAUAAAUCUGAUGAAUUCAAUUACCACGAUGUGAAUCAAGAUUUAACCCAUAAAAAUGAUCAUGAACAUCAUGACAUUUAUUUUCUAACUUCGGAUGGAAUUAUUACUUCUGUAUCGAACCAUGGGUAUGAAAACUGGCGUGUAAGUUCGGAAGUUUCCUGGUUACAAGUUUCACGAACCUUAGGAACACUUGCGUCUCAUGGAGAGGAAAGAUCUGUUGAUAAGCAUUUAAAUGACCUGUACAUAGAUCACUUUCGUCCCUCGUUAACUGCCAUCAAUCUGGCAUCUUUAGGACAAGGAUUUUUUCAUGAUCUUAGCCUAUUUUCCAAGAUAAAGCCCACUAUACCUACUAUUCCAUUACUGGUUUCUACCGGAUGGGAUUCUAUUGGUGUUGUUGAUCGAACUAAUGGUCAAUUAUUGGCUGCUCAUAGACUCCCAACUCAACCAACUGGUCAACCUAUUGUUAUUUCACUUGCACUAUCCAAUAUAACUAAGUUGUCAGAAGUUGUAAAUGUCCCUACUAUAUUGUUGGUUCCAUGUAAUGAUAUACUUGUUGGUUUUGCUUUGGUACAAAGUCUACGCAUAUGGCUUUUGGUGCCUUUGAUAAUUAGUUUGACUGUAUCUUUCUUUGCGCUUACAUGGUGUUGUGAUUUGGAUGCUACAAACUCUUAAUAUUAAUAUCAUUCUGUUUUUAAAUAGGCAUAGUUUAUGUUUUGUAAGUAUGAUUCUCACUAUUGUUGCGGUUUUUUCUAAUUUUAUGCGCCAACACAUUUCAUUAAGUACUAUUUGCCUUAACCAUCAUUACUUUAAGUCAGUUGGUCAACGCUGGUUUGGUUCUUUUAUUGUUAUAGUCUGUUGUAUUUCUUUCUAAUUGUCUUCUCAUUUGAAAUCUUUUGUUAUACUUGUGUAUUUUUUAAUCGUAAGAAAACAAUUCAUCACAUGGGAUGACAUAAUAAAUUUGAUAAGAUUUUCAUUGUUCAUUACUCAUAUCUUUAAUUUCUUUAAAUCAUAAUCAAUUGUAAUAUAAACAAUAAUGAACCAAUGAGGAGGGGGUGGGUUAGCUACACACCAGGUGCACCAUUUUUCAUGCCAAUCCCUACAUUAUUUUGAAAUAUACGUAAAAAUGAGCAGCAGUCAACUGAUUUGAAGUAAUUCUUAAAAAACACAUCACCCUUCAUUAAACUUUUGGAAUAAGCGUUUGCAAUCAAACUACAUAUAGCUCCUAAGCAAAUUGAAAAACUCAACUAAUCCUAUUUCCCAACAUAAGGCACACAAUAAUUCUCACGGGAAUCCGCUCAUGAAUAUGGCCAUUACAUUUUAACGCCAUAGUGAGAUGUUACGACAAUUUGGAAAUUUCAACACUUUUAAACCAGCGUUUAGUUUGUUGACCACUUCAUUUCCUUUUGAAAUUGAAGCAGUCAGUUCUAGUCUUCAGCUGAUAGCUGAAAACAGCCUGAGUGAAUUAUUUAAACAUCUAAAGGUGGCUGAAUUCUAUUCGUCAUUGGUAAAAAGUCCUGACAAUUUA